AUGAGUGCCAGCAACAGCUCUUUGAAGAAAGAACCCAAAAAGGACUCGGGUGGUGGACAAGGGCAGGUGGCGUUUGUUGUAGACAAUACUAUCAAACGUCCCAACUCGCAAAUCCCACGGAAGAAGUCUUCCAACAUGGAAGUGGUGAAGGAACUUAACAAGUGCAAGGAGCAGAAUGCGACCCGACUGGACUUGGCAAAGCGUUCCAUCGCAAGUUUGCCUCCAAACAUAAAGGAGCUGACACAGCUGACAGAGCUGUACCUUUAUGGAAACCGUCUUCCUUGCCUACCGACAGAGAUUGGCUGUUUGGUGAACCUGGUGACUCUUGCGCUCAAUGAAAACUCACUGACCGGCCUCCCUGACACGCUGACAGGCCUCACCAGCCUGCGCAUGUUGGAUUUGCGCCACAACAAACUGAGAUCUAUUCCACCUGUGGUCUACCGUCUUACUUCGCUCACUGUGCUGUACCUGCGCUUCAAUCGCAUCACUCAGGUGGAAAAGGACAUUGGAAACUUAAGUAAACUCACCAUGCUGAGUGUUCGAGAAAAUAAGAUCAAGCUGCUCCCAGCUGAGAUAGGAGAGCUGAGGAGUUUAUUGACACUAGAUGUGGCACACAAUCAACUGGAGCACUUGCCAGAGGAGAUUGGGAACUGUGUACAAGUCACCAACCUUGACCUUCAACACAAUGAGCUCCUUGACCUUCCUGACAGUAUAGGUAACUUGGCAAGCCUGAACAGACUCGGUCUGCGAUACAACCGACUCUCUGCAGUGCCCACGACCCUGGCCAACUGCACCGAGUUGGAAGACUUAAACUUGGAAAACAAUAACAUCUCCACUUUACCAGAGGGUCUUCUUUCAAGCCUGGUGAACCUCAGCAGUUUGACCCUAGCCAGAAACUGCUUCCAGGCCUAUCCCGUGGGUGGGCCCUCCCAGUUCACGACGGUCUAUUCCCUCAACAUGGAGCACAACCACAUCGGCAAAAUUCCCUUCGGCAUCUUCUCCCGUGCAAAAGCCCUCAGUAAACUGAACAUGAAGGAUAAUCAGCUGACCUCCUUGCCUCUGGACAUUGGCACCUGGAAGAGCAUGGUGGAACUGAACUUGGCCACAAAUCAGCUCACCAAAAUUCCAGAUGACAUCUCAGAGCUGACAUCUCUAGAGAUACUGGUGCUGUCUAACAACCUUUUGCGGAAACUGCCUCAUGGUUUGGGCAAUCUGCGAAAGCUGAGGGAAUUAGACCUCGAAGAGAACAAGUUGGAGUCUCUGCCGAAUGAAAUCGCUUACCUCAAGGACUUGCAGAAAUUAGUUCUGACAAACAACCAGCUGACUUCUCUGCCAAGAGGAAUCGGUCACCUCUGCAGCCUAACACACCUCAUGGUUGGGGAAAACCAGCUCACCCAUGUCCCAGAAGAAAUAGGAACGCUGGAGAACCUGGAGGAGCUGUACCUGAAUGACAACCCCAACCUGCACAACUUACCCUUUGAGUUGGCCCUUUGUUCAAAGCUGCUCAUAAUGAGUAUUGAGAACUGCCCUCUGAGUCAGCUGCCUGGCCCCAUUGUGAGCAGUGGACCUUCCUUCAUAAUACAAUAUCUGAAGAUGCAGGGCCCUUACCGUGCUAUGGUCUGA